GUAACCCCCGUACCACCGCCCUGCUGGCCGUCGCAAAGGCCAACAACCUCAACCUUGACAUUGUUCACACCGAGCCUGCCAAGGGUGUCGACACCGAGUACCUCAAGCUCAACAAGCUCGGCAAGGUCCCCACCUUCGAGGGCACCGACGGCUACGUCCUCACUGAGUGCAUCGCCAUCGCCAUCUACCGUACGUUGCCCAAUUGCUCCUCGUUUCCUACAGCCCACCUCUGGUUCUCCCACCGCCAACCUCCCUGCAAUGAUGAGACAUAUUAUCAAACAGUUAUCCCUAACGAGAAGACCACCCUCCUCGGCAAGACCAAGCAGGACUACGCCUCCAUCCUCAGAUGGAUGUCCUUCGCCAACUCUGAGGUCCUUACCGCCCUCGGUGGCUGGUUCCGCCCUCUGAUUGGCCGCGACCCCUACAACAAGAAGUCCGUCGAGGAUGCCCAGAAGGCCACCGCCAAGGCCGUCGGUGCCCUUGAGGACCACUUCCUCGUCAACACCUACCUCGUUGGUGAGCGCCUCACUCUUGCCGACCUUUUCGCUGCCGGCAUCAUCUCCCGUGGCUUCCAGUACUUCUUCGACAAGGAGUGGCGCAGCAACAACCCCAACGUCACCCGUUGGUUCGAGACUGUCACCAACCAGUCCAUCUACUCUGACGUCGCCGAGAAGCUCGAGUUCAUCGAGAAGGCCAUCCCCAACCAGGCCCCCAAGAAGGAGGCUGCCCCCAAGGCUGAGAAGCCCAAGGAGGCCCCCAAGCCCAAGGCUGCUGAGGCCGAUGAGGAGGAGGCUCCUGCCGCCCCCAAGCCCAAGCACCCCCUCGAGGCUCUCGGCCGCCCCACCUUCGUCCUUGACGAGCUCAAGCGCAAGUACUCCAACGAGGAGACCCGCGAGGUCGCCCUUCCCUGGUUCUGGGAGAACGUCAACUUCGAGGAGUACUCUCUCUGGAGAAUGGACUACAAGUACAACGAUGAGCUCACCAUGACCUUCAUGACCUCCAACCUCAUCGGCGGUUUCUUCACCCGUCUCGAGGCUUCCCGCAAGUACAUCUUCGGUGCCGCUUCCGUCUACGGCUCCUCCAACGACUCGAUCGUUCGUGGUGCUUUCCUCGUCCGCGGCCAGGAGGCUCUCCCUGCCUUCGACGUCGCUCCCGACGUCGAGUCUUACGAGUUCACCAAGCUCGACCCCAAGAACCCCGAGGACAAGAAGUUCGUCGAGGACAUGUGGGCCUGGGAUGCUCCCGUCCAGCCUGAGGGCAAGGAAUGGGCAGAUGGCAAGGUCUUCAAG